GAGGAGGAGGGAGCGGCAGCCGGUGCCGCCGCCGGGAGCUGGGCCCGCCCGGGGCUGAGCCGCCGGAGCAUCAGCGCCCGGGGCCGCCCGGUGGUGCCUCGCGGCCGCCGCCCGGGCCCUGCGCACUGCCCCGGAGCGGCCCCCGGCUGCCAGACAUGACCGCCAUCAUCAAAGAGAUCGUCAGCAGGAACAAAAGGCGAUACCAGGAGGAUGGCUUCGACCUGGACCUGACCUAUAUUUAUCCAAACAUAAUUGCUAUGGGCUUUCCUGCGGAGAGGCUUGAAGGAGUGUACCGGAACAACAUUGAUGAUGUAGUAAGGUUUUUGGAUUCAAAGCAUAAAAACCAUUACAAGAUAUACAAUCUAUGUGCUGAAAGACAUUAUGACACCGCCAAAUUUAACUGCAGAGUUGCACAGUACCCUUUUGAAGACCAUAACCCACCACAGCUGGAGCUCAUCAAACCUUUUUGUGAAGAUCUUGACCAGUGGCUAAGUGAAGAUGACAAUCAUGUGGCAGCAAUCCACUGUAAAGCUGGAAAGGGACGAACUGGUGUAAUGAUUUGUGCAUAUUUGUUGCAUCGAGGCAAGUUUUUAAGGGCCCAAGAAGCCCUAGAUUUCUAUGGGGAAGUAAGGACCAGAGACAAGAAGGGAGUGACAAUUCCCAGUCAGAGACGCUACGUGUACUACUAUAGCUACCUGUUAAAGAAUCACCUGGAUUACAGACCAGUGGCACUGCUGUUCCACAAGAUGAUGUUUGAAACAAUUCCCAUGUUCAGCAGCGGAACUUGCAAUCCUCAGUUUGUGGUGUACCAGCUAAAGGUAAAGAUAUUCACCUCCCCUUCAGGACCCUCGCGACGUGAAGACAAGUACAUGUACUUUGAAUUCCCUCAACCUUUGCCGGUAUGCGGUGAUAUCAAAGUGGAAUUCUUCCACAAACAGAACAAGAUGUUGAAAAAGGACAAAAUGUUUCACUUUUGGGUAAAUACAUUCUUCAUAGGACUGGAUGAAAAUUCAGACAAAGUAGAAAAUGGAAGUCUAGUUGCAGAUCAGGAACUUGAUGGUAUUUUCAGUACAGAGCGCUCAGAUAAUGAUAAGGAAUAUUUAAUCCUUACAUUAACAAAAAACGAUCUAGACAAAGCAAAUAAAGACAAAGCCAACAGAUAUUUCUCUCCAAACUUCAAGGUGAAGCUAUUUUUCACAAAAACAGUAGAAGAGCCAUCAAACCCAGAGGCUAGCAGUUCAACUUCUGUAACACCAGAUGUUAGUGACAAUGAACCUGAUCAUUAUAGAUACUCUGACACCACUGACUCUGAUCCAGAGAAUGAACCUUUUGAUGAAGAUCAGCAUACGCAGAUUACAAAAGUCUGAAUAUUUUUUUUAUCAGAGAUAAAAAAGAACCAUACAAAAAAAAAAAAACAAACCAUGAAGAGAGGCAAACUUGAAUAAACUGAAAAAAAAAAAAGGACCUUUCUAAAUGGCAAAAGGACAUAGUGUCAGAUUACCAGUUAUAGGAACAAUUCUUUCCUGACCAAUCUCGUUUUGCCCUACAAAUCUACAGGGUUUGACACUUGUCCAGUCGGGGGGGUAAAAGAAAGGUUACGUAGCUCUUAUGUAUAUACCUUUUUGUGUCAAAGGACAUUAAAACUUCAAUUAGGAACUAUAAA